CAGCUGGACGCUCUCCACUCCCCAUCCCUACAAGCCGAGCCUACUCCCUCCUCACCAGUCUAAGCCAAUGAGUUUCGGCGGAGCAAACAAAAAUCAAGCAGUGUGUUAUGGGAGCGGAUUAAACAAGUGUGCUCAAGAAGAGAAACAGCUUCAGGAAUUUGAACUAGACUCCUAAAGGCACAACCCUGCCACCUUCAUGCCCUGUCUGUCGCUGUUACCAAGCUGUACCAAGUCAAAAGGGCCCGUCUCCUGUGAGAGUGCCACGUCUUUACCGAGAUCCCUCAACCUAUCACUGGAUUUUUCCAUCCCUCAGAGCUACACCACAGUCUCACCUCGCACUGCUUCGCUGGUUGGCAGAUCUCUCUUGCCCUGAGCCAGGAUGAAUGAUGUUCUGGAGGCCACCUCCCCUGCAACCAGCCUCAGCGGUCCAGCUACCUGUGUCACCAAAGUCGAGCUGCGCGUGUCUUGCAAAGCUCUGCUGGACCGAGACACUCUGAAUAAGUCUGACCCCUGCGUCAUACUCAUGGUACAGAACGAUGGACAGUGGAUAGAGCUGGACAGGACAGAAGUGAUCAAGAGCAACUUGCACCCCGUCUUUGGCAAGGUUUUCUCGCUGGAUUACUACUUCGAGGAGGUUCAGAAACUGCGAUUUGAGGUUUACGACAUCCACGGCACUCACAGCAUCGGAACCCGUGAUGAUGACUUUCUGGGAGGGGUGGAGUGCACUCUUGGCCAGAUAGUGGCCCAAAAGAAGAUGGUGAAACCUCUGUUGCUCAAGUAUGGGAAAUAUGCUGGCAAAUCCACCAUCACAGUGCACGCUGAGGAAAUUUCUGGCAACAACGGAUAUGUGGAACUCUCCUUCUGUGCCAAGAAGCUCGAUGAUAAGGAUCUCUUCAGCAAGUCAGACCCAUUUUUGGAAAUCUAUCGAAUCAAUGACGAUGAAACCGAGCAGCUUGUUUACAGAACUGAGGUGAUUAAAAACAACCUGAAUCCAGUGUGGGAGCCCUUCAAAGUGUCACUCAUAUCCCUGUGCAGCUGCGAUGAAGACCGGAAGCUCAAGUGCCUAGUGUGGGAUCAUGACUCCAGGGGGAAGCACGACUUCAUUGGCGAAUUCUACGCCACUUUCAGGGAAAUGCAGAAAAUUUCCAGUGGAAAUAAGGUCAGUGAAUGGAGAGGUGGAGCAGAGCGGAGGAGAGGGGAGAGACAGCUGUGUAACAAUUUUAUCCUUUCCCAAUGUGCCUCUGAUUUUUCUCUGCUGAAAUCCAGCACACACGGAAGGAAAAAACAAUGUCAGGCUGCUUUGAUAUGUUCAAAAUGCCACAAGUUGUUGCUUUUGUUCUUUGUCUUUCACUCGCUUUUGUUCAAGGUGUCGUGGGACUGUAUGAAUCCUAAGUACAAACAGAAGAAGAGAAACUAUAAAAAUUCAGGAGUUGUCAUUCUCACUGACCUCAAGCUUCACAGAGUCUACUCCUUCUUAGACUACAUCAUGGGAGGAUGCCAAAUUCACUUUACGGUUGCCAUUGACUUCACAGCCUCCAAUGGAGACCCCAGGAACAGCUGCUCCUUGCACUACAUCAACCCUUACCAGCCCAAUGAGUACCUAAAGGCUCUGAUAGCUGUGGGGGAGAUCUGUCAAGACUAUGACAGUGACAAGCGAUUUUCAGCUUUGGGGUUCGGCGCCAGAAUCCCUCCGAAUUAUGAGGUGUCUCAUGACUUUGCCAUUAAUUUCAACCCAGAGGAUGAUGAAUGUGAAGAGAUCCAAGGAGUGGUUGAGGCAUACCAGAACUGCCUUCCUAAGAUCCAGUUGUACGGCCCUACCAACGUUGCUCCGAUCAUUAACAGGCUAGCCAAGGUGGCGGCAGGUGACGGCAACAUUAAAGAUGCUUCUCGAUACCACAUCCUGCUCAUCCUCACGGAUGGUGUAGUGACUGACAUGGCAGACACACGUGAAGCCAUUGUACGAGCCUCCUACCAGCCUCUCUCCAUAAUCAUUGUUGGUGUGGGCAAUGCCGACUUCACAGACAUGCAAAUUUUGGAUGGAGACGAUGGAGUCCUACGCUCACCGAAGGGCGAGCCGGUCCUCAGAGACAUUGUGCAGUUUGUGCCCUUCAGAGACUUCAAAACGGCAUCACCUGCCGCCCUGGCCAAAUGUGUUCUGGCAGAGGUGCCCAGCCAAGUAGUAGAGUACUUCAGCCACAAGGCCAUCUCUCCUAUGAGUCCUAUGAGGGACUUACCGACUCCCAUCCUCAGCCCAGUUGCCACCACUCCAACAGAAUAACUGCACACCCUGUUCCCGCGACCAAGCUUUGACCACAGCAUCAGUCUGGCAAACUGAGAAGGAUGCUUGUCUCACUUUGGACAUAAACUGGAGAAAAAAACCUUCUAAAUGUGUUGUCGCUCGUGUAUUUCAUUUUUCAAAACAAGCAAAGUGUUUACACAAGGACGGUACUACAGAGAUUGUGGGUUAUAUUUCUGCGCUCAGUGCGGAUUGAGCACUCGUCUCUGACUGUGCAAAUCGACCAUCCAGCUGUUUCAGCAUCAGGAGUCCUGGAGGAUUUCCCCCAUGAUUUUUAUGCAUGCAGACAAAUCCCUUGGUGACGAUCUACUGAUCGCGGCAGGCUUAAUAUUCUUUGUUGCCCAUGAAGUUCAGCUUUUUCCCCUUAUACAUACAGUGUGUUCAGAUAUUGUUUUGGAGAGGUACUAUACCAGAUGAUUUCAUCGCAAUUUGAUUGUUUUAACUUAAGCGUGGACAUGUGAAUGGUUUGAAAAUACUUAAAAUAGUUAAUAACAAAUAAACAAUUCGCCCUGCAAAUCAAAAUCUGUCUGCAGAAUUGGCCAAACAACCCAUGACCUGACAUUGGAAUAAAUGAAAACGGUUGCUAAGGCUUAAAAGCUUUUUUUUUUCUUUUCUUUUUUUUUUUCCAAGAGGCAGCAAUCGUAAUCAACAAAUCAAGAGCAGCGCUCAUUGCAAAUGCAAGAACUGGCACUACUACUUCUUGGCAAACAAAAACAAUUAGUGCCAUGUGUGAUUGACAGUUGGACUGUACAGGUUGCCAAAUGUAUGUAUCCUGUGUAAAAUAAGUGUCUAAAUAACAGCUCUGAACCAUUUUCCAAGAAAACCUGAUGAAAAAACAGCAGCAAUGGAAAUAUCUUUGUUGAGCGCUCUCAUGCCAGACUCGUUCAUCUUGAACUUCUGUGAAACUGCAAGCGACAUAAUAACUUCAGCAAUCUGCAAUAUUUGCUACGGCUUCAGCUCUUGGUGUGCUUUUUCAGUUGUAACAGGGAGCCGAAAAGACAGAGCAAGACAGGAACGGAAGAUGUGUUUGGGUGGUUGUGUAGUAGCGAAAGGUUGUAAAGCGCUGCCUUUUCUGAGGGUAUCCGUGAGCAAAGCUCGAGUAACAUACUCUCAAAGAGCUAAUCGAUGACUGCACCCUAUUUUUGGUCUCUUGUCUAGUGGCUACGAUGUAAGCUGUGAAAGUCAUGCUUUUUGUCGGGUGAAUCCUUUCCCUCUGAAUUGUCCAUCUUUGUUUGUUGUCAUCUCUAAACCAUGCAGGUUGUACUUUCUGCAGUGACUUCUUUUUAUAGAUAUAUUUCCGUUCCUUUUUGUGCUGCCUUUUAUAUGAAAUAUAAUUCUACUUGAUGUUUCAUGAUAAAUUUAAUGGGUGAGAAAGACAAGAAAUGAAAGCACAAGUGAACCAUUAGCGCUGUUAUGCACAACUUAAUAUAUCCAUUACAUUUACAUCAGAUAGAUCAAUUUAAAACAAGAGUAUGACUGGUCACCAAAUUUCAAUUUUCUUAAGCAUUUCAUAAAAAAAAAAGUCGAUCCACGAUAAACUGUUCUUUAUUUCACUUCCACCUAACUCUUGCCUGAAGGUUUCCUGUUUACUGGAUGGAGACCUUUGAUUUUGCUGUUCUAUUGAGCUUUACAAUGUUCAGUAUAUAAAUGACGUAACCUUCAUUUUUAUUUAUCCUGCCUGAGCUUUGUCAGAUUGUCUUCAUAUUGUUCAGAGUGUAGCCUGUAACCCGUGUCAGUCAGAAAAAGCUGUCAUGUUUUGCCCUUAUUACUAAUGCUACAGUGCUUAAAGCACAGUCUCUAAACUGAAACGCUUUGCAGCAGAAAAACAAGUUGCUGUUUUUUAAAAAUAUAUAUAUUAUUAUUGUACUGUGAAUACCUGUGUGGAUAUUGCAAUCUAAAGAAGAAAAGAGAGACUGUGUGUUUAAGCUACCGGCAAUUAUUUUUCAAGGAGUGUGCAAAAAGUCAACAGCACCAGAAAGAAGGACAUUUUUCACCUUCAAAAGGCGUCCUCUUGGCAUUUAAUUAAUGUUUCAUAAGUGUACAAAUAACCUUGACACCUCUAAAACAAAAACUUUUGCCUAAUCAAGUAACUAUUUCCAAGAAUGUAGAUUUCACCUCAGCAUUAUAUUUUUAUUGAUCAACACUAAUUCAAAAGAUUUUUACGUUUUGAAUGAAAUCUCUCCCUGAACUAAAGAAAUCCUAUAUUUUGCUUAGUAUUGUGUUCUCCUUUGGUAUUCAGUUGCAUAUGCAAAGUUUGCUUUAAUGACAGUGUUAAUAAUUACAAGUUUAAGCCCCACAGAAAGUGUUAAAUUCCUCAUUAAUCAUCUGAUGACCAUUGCUUAAAAACGUGAUCAUACAGUAGUGAGUUUCAGUAAAAAAAAUAAUAACAUGAACGCUCCACAACUGUCAAGCUGGAUAAUGUGCAAAUUAUACUCUAACACGGUUUGGCUGUUCUUUAUUUGACCCUGUACUUUGUAUAUUUUAUCUACAAUGGUGCAUUUGCACUGUGAAUGAUUCUGAAUGGUGACAAAUGCACUUGGAAAGAAACCACUCUGUCACUGCCAAUAAAUGUACAGGAUGCAAAUUAAGUCUUUACAGCUACUCCAUCAUACACAUAUCCACUCCAAACUACAAAUACUAGUCAGACUUUGAUUUGUCCUCUAGAGUUUAACCACCCUUCCCCAGACACAGAUUAUUGACUUCCCAUGAAAGCACCUAAACACAGCUACCUCUGCUGUCAGCUGCUUUUUGAACUUUGAUGAUCAGCUAUUGAGGAUUCUUCUGUCACUGUGGAUCACAGGAUGAGGCCUAUUGAUUCAGCAGGCCUUGAUUCAGAGCCGUACUCGGUUACUCGAAUGUAAAUAAUCCUGGGGGGAAUUGUGUCUCACAGCUGAAGCGUAGCUCCAUGUUAGCAGUUUACAGCGGGGUAGGAAUAAAUGCAAAAAUGAGGAAAUUCUCGGCUGGAAUAAUCAGCAUCUGAAAAUUUUGGCUGUUUAUUCAGAAGUUUUGACUUUCCUACAUGAUGAGUAAUUGUUUUGCUGUUCAUGCAUCUUAAUACAGUCCUUAUAUCUCCUGUAAAUGAUUUACAGCACAGAAAAUGUUGCCAUUCUUGGAUAAUUACUGUAACAAAAAGCAUUUUUUAAGAGAUUUUGUCAAUGAAGCAAGCUUUGUACUUUAUCACAAUUCUUUAGCUGCCACUUAUUCUAAUGAAAUAUGGCAGGAAGUGCAGAUAUCAACUAGUAUUUCUGUUCCUUGAGGGCAAACCAGCUCCCUUAUUAAUAACUAGAAGACAUCCAUGUUCAUUCUGUGAUUUGUGCCUUAACGUGGCAAUACGCUUUUUGUCCCCUGUAACUUACAGUAUCUCACUCUACACGACUCUGCCUCAGGUUAUGAGCUGCUCCAGCUCAAAUGGUUCAUUCCCUUGUACCUUUAACAUUUGCAUGAGAUGGGAUUUUAAAACUGAUCGGUAAUUAACCACAGAAUUCAGGCUAAAUGUUAUCCCUUAUAAGCAACUUUAGUUUGCUUUUAUCAUCAAAAAUGCUUCAUGGCUUAUCUAAAUUACAAGGGGUGUUUGAUGGUUGUACAGCAGUGAUGGACGGGUCUUCUAUGCUUCACCAGAUUUUCCGCAAACAAAUCUUCGAAAUCUUUACUCAAAUCAAUUAAAGAUCCUAUUCUUUUUCCAUUUCCUUUUAACUGCAAUGAUUCAAAUAUGGAAUGCUGAAAUAAUAAUUGUGUGCUUGUUUGCAAGAACUGCCCUGAACCCAGGCAUCAUCAAGGCUCAACAAACUUAAUUCGAUUUUUUUUUUUUAAUAAAAUAAACGGCAUUCUUAUUCUAAUGAGAAUUUAUCUACUGCACCAUAAUGGUGCAAUCAAGAGUUAACUAAAGCAGUAAGACCGCAGUUCAUGUGCCCAUCUUGCUCUGCAGAUUGGAAAAAAAAAAAAAAGCUGUGAGGAAUUCACUGAGCUACUUAUUCUCCCUUAUCUAUUCUUGCACUAUUGUCAGACAAAAUUAACAAGUCAUAGGUUUUACACCUCCUCGUUGUAUCGGAAAUUUCCCAUGCACUCUCUCUCUUUCUCUCUAUCUUUCCCCUGCUCAGCAGAGUAGGGUUUACAGUCCAUAGCUGUAAUAUGAACCUGGUGUAACUGCUGACCCCGU